AUGUCUGCGUUGGUUCGUAUUACUUCAAAGGUUUCGUCUUUGGCGAGAUCAGGCCGCAUAACAAGCGCACGUCAGGUGUUCGACCAAAUGCCUGAACGAGACACCGUCGCGUGGAACACAAUGCUGACGAGCUAUUCUCAUCUGGGUAUAACUCAGGAAGCUAUAUCAAUCUUCACCCAGUUAAGAUUCUCCGACGCUAAGCCUGAUGAUUACUCGUUUACAGCGAUCUUGAGCACUUGCGCGAGCCUACGCGAUGCUAGGCUCGGGAGGCAAAUCCAGUCUCUAAUUAUCCGGUCCGGUUACGGUUCUUCGUUGCCGGUUAACAACUCGGUUAUUGACAUGUACGGUAAGUGCUUCGAUACCCUUAGCGCAAGCAAAGUGUUUCGAGAUAUGUGCAGUGAUGUUAGAAAUGAAGUAACUUGGUGCUCGCUUUUGUUUGCCUACAUGAAUGCUCAGCAGUUUGAAGAAGCUCUCUGUGUUUUCGUCGAAAUGCCGAAAAGGGUUGCGUUUGCUUGGAACAUAAUGAUCUCUGGUCAUGCCCAUUGUGGAAAGAUCGAAUCUUGUUUGAGGCUAUUCAAAGAGAUGAUGAUGAUGCAGAGUAGUUGUGAGUUUGGACCUGAUUGUUAUACGUUUAGCUCUCUUAUGAAUGCUUGUGCUGAUUCAUCGGAGCUGGUUUAUGGAAAGAUGGUACAUUGUGUGAUGGUGAAGAACGGGUGGGAUUCCGCGGCUGAGGCCAAGAACUCGGCUUUGAGUUUCUAUGCGAAAGCUGGAUGCAGAGAUGACGCCAUGAGAGAGCUUAACUCUGUUAAAGCGUUGAGUCAGGUGUCGUGGAAUUCGAUUAUCGACGCGUGUAUGAAGGUAGGAGAAACAGAGAAAGCUGCUGAGUUGUUUCGUCUCGCUCCUGAGAAGAACAUCGUUACUUGGACUAGUAUGUUUGCAGGAUAUGUUAAGAACGGAGAUGGAGAGAGAGCAUUGAGAAUUUUCGUCGAAAUGACCAAACUUGGAGUGAGUGCAGAUCAUUUCGCGUAUGGUUCGGUUCUUCACGCGUGUUCAGGUUUAGCCCUUUUAGGAGACGGAGAAAUGAUCCAUGGCUGUGUGAUCCAUCGUGGGUUUCAAGGCUAUGCUUAUGUUGGUAACGCCUUGGUUAACUUGUAUGCGAAAUGCGGAGAUAUCAAAGGAUCGAAUCGCGCUUUCGGUGAUAUAGUUAACAAAGAUUUGAUAUCUUGGAACACUAUGCUCUUUGCGUUUGGUGUUCACGGUUUAGCUGAUAAAGCUCUGAAGCUCUAUGAGAAGAUGAUAGCAUCAGGGACUAAACCGGACAAGGUUACAUUCAUUGGAAUGCUUACAACUUGUAGCCAUUCAGGACUUGUAAAGGAAGGUUGUGCGGUUUUCGAAUCAAUGCUUAGAGAUUUUGGAGUGCCAUUGGAAGUAGAUCAUGUAACAUGUAUGAUAGAUUUGUUUGGGAGAAGUGGAUACUUAGUAGAAGCAAAGGACUUGGCUACAACUUACAAUUCACUCAUCAGUAAUAGUAGUAAUAGUUCAUGGGAAACUCUUUUGGGUGCUUGUUCUACACAAUGGCAAACAGAGUUAGGUAGAGAAGUUGGUGAAGUUCUGAAGGUAGCUGAGCCAAGCGAGGAGAUGAGUUUUGUUCUGUUGUCCAACUUGUAUUGCUCGAGUGGAAAGUGGAAAGAAGCAGAAGAUGUGAGGAGAGAGAUGGUUGAGAAAGGGAUGAAGAAAACUCCGGGAUGUAGCUGGAUCCAAGUAGGAAACAAGGUUUCAGCUUUUGUUGUUGGUGAUUGUUCACAUCCUGACAUUGAAGAGCUUUCUGAGACUUUGAAUUGCAUUCAGUGUGACAUGAGAAGAAAUUUAGAGACUUUUGGACCUUGA